UUUCGGAUGCACUCCACCCCCGCGAAUCCGGUAGAAGUCGUGGCGCAGAGACACGGUUUUGUGGCCUCACAGGCUUCGCCCUGGCCACUGUCCAGGCAGGACGGAGGCCGGACCGCGGUUUCCCGAGCCUGUGCAGAGAGGAGCAGCCUCCCGCGCGUACGACCCUGGAAACAGGAUAGAAGGGCGGGUGACCCUUGGCCCCGUACCCACGAGUUUGGGUCCCCCGAGGCAUCUCUCCAGGCCUCUGCCUGGUGGUCUGCGUUAGUCUGAUCUCGUAGUUCAUGAUACUAACUUCCUUUGUUAGGGAUUAUUCUUUUCUCCAUUGUCUCUUCCUGGAAAAAUUAUUGAUUAAUUUUUUCUAAGCUAAUAUGUAGAGUGAAACCAGGAUGAAUCACACAGUGGUUGAGGUGUAUAUGGGCUUUGAUUGUGAUGUGGGCUCGAAACUACACUCUGUCAUUUGCUAAUUUUGUAAUUUUUGGCAAAUUGGUUAAUAUGUCUGAACUUCCAUGUACUCAUUAAGAGAUCAAAUAUCUUUGAACCUCCGUUUACACAUUUAUACUUUCAGACCAUUUUUUAUACCUUUAGAAGACUGUGAGGAUUAAAUGAGAGAACAUAUAUGCAGUAAAUAAAUUGAGCCAAAUGUCAGGAGGAGGUCGUAGUGGUAAUUUAUUAGCUCUUUAGGAGAAAAAUACCUGUGAACUCAUAUCACCGCUUCUUUUUUAUCUGGCAGAUUUGCCCGAGGUUUUCUGUACAUAGAAAUAUUGAGCAUUUCCUCCUGGUCUCCGUGAUAAACAGAGGUUUUGAUAUUGUUAGGUGAGAUGGAAAGAAAGUAUCAAGGAGUGAGCUGAAGCUACUACCCUUGAGAACCCUCUUGAGGAGUCUGGGCUCACGAAGAUGCCAGAAUAAGUCGCAGUAAGAAGAAAAAGAGCAAAGGUAAGAAGAGAAAAAGAGAAGAAUAUGAAGAAACCCAGCUUGAUGAUGUUGGGGAAAAUGGUUUUAUUGGCCUCAGACAGCUGCUUUAUUAGAUGCAAUGAAGCAGGAGACAUAGAAGCAAAAAGUAAAACAGCAGGAGAAGAAGAAAUGAUCAAGAUUAGAUCCUGCGCUGAAAGAGAAACCAAGAAAAAAGAUGACAUUCCAGAAGAAGACAAAGGAGAUGUAAAACAAUGUGAAAUCAAUUAUGUAAAGAAAUUUCAGAGCUUCCAAGACCACAAAGUUAAAAUACGUAAAGAAGACAGUAAAAUUCCUAAAAAGGCUCAGAAAGAUGGAUUUUUGCAUGAGAUGCUUCUGGACAGGAGAGUGAAGUUGAAACCGACAGAUACUGCAAAUGACUGGGAUUUUUGUUUCUGCCUUAUCUUUUUGUGUUUUUUUCUGAAUAAAAUAUUCAGAGGAAAUGCUUUUACAGAGUUCUUGAGUUGUUGUGAAAUUGUUGUUUAGCUAGUAGCUAGUUUAACUAGGAUUA